UCGCUGCGUGCCUGGUGUUGGGGUCGGUCCACCGGGCGGGCGGAGCGGUACACGCGGGGUUGGCGAGUCCCGGCGCUGGAAGUAGUUCCGGGUGUAGGCCGAGCCUGGUUCGGAGACGGACGGAGACUGGGAACGGGGGAGUGUGAGCAGGAACGGCACGGUGAGCGGCUCCAGCACCCCACCAUCAAACAACAGCAGCGGCGGGGGGAGGGGAGGGCGGACAGAGAGGAGGAGAAACCGGGCCUCCACCUCCUCCCCAGAGCGACGCUCGGAGGCCAAGCGGCAGCGGUGGGAGAGGAAUAAGCCCACUUCCUCCAAUCAAGUGAAUCAAGUGACUAGGAAUUUCCUGCAGUGUGGCUUAUCUUUUGGGAGUGAAACAACUUUUGUGUGGAUUACAAACUUUAUUGAUACCUGGUGGAGGAGUGAUUGAACACAAUGACGUCAGAGCUGGAGAGCAGCCUGACGUCCAUGGAUUGGCUGCCACAGUUGACAAUGAGGGCUGCCAUUCAGAAAGCAGAUGCUGCCCAGAAUGUGGCUGGUGGUGGGAUUGCAAAGAAAACCCCACUUCUGGACCCAAACACUACCCUGGACCAGGAUGCACAAAACAAAGAUGGGAAACCACCAUACAGUUAUGCCAGCCUCAUUACGUUUGCUAUCAACAGCUCUCCGAAAAAGAAGAUGACGCUCAGUGAGAUUUAUCAGUGGAUAUGUGACAACUUUCCGUAUUAUAGAGAAGCUGGCAGUGGCUGGAAGAACUCCAUUCGACACAAUUUAUCAUUAAAUAAAUGUUUCCUGAAAGUGCCUCGGUCCAAGGAUGAUCCAGGCAAGGGUUCAUACUGGGCCAUUGACACUAAUCCAAAGGAGGAUACACUGCCCACACGGCCAAAAAAGAGGCCGCGAUCAGGAGAAAGGGCCUCAACACCUUACAGCCUGGAUUCCGAGCCUUUAGGAAUGGACUGCAUCAUCUCUGGAAGUGCCUCUCCAACCUUGGCAAUUAACACUGUGACUAACAAAGUAACACUAUAUAAUCCGGAUCAGGAUGGAAGUGAUAGCCCUCGCAGCAGCCUUAACAACAGCCUGUCUGAUGCAAGUCUAGCCUCUGUCAACCUGAAUAAUGUUGGCUCUGUCCACAAUUACGCACAGGUGACAAACCGGGUUGAUUCAGUUCCCCAGAGUCUAACACCACAGCAACAGCAAUACAACAUCCCUGAGAGGGACACAAAGCCACCCUUCUCAGAAUACAACUUUGAAGAUCUGAGUGCCUCCUUCCGUAGCCUUUAUAAAUCAGUCUUUGAGCAGUCCCUCAGCCAGCAGGGAAUGAUUAAUCUGCCUUCUGAGGCAUCGCAGCCAACCCACACAUCCUGUUCCUACCAGCAUUCUCCCAGCAGUACUGUCAGCACCCAUCCGCACAGCGGACAGAACAGUCUGGCCAACAGCCACGCCAGCAGCCUCGGAGGCGGUGGGGGAGGGACACAAGUGCAACUGGCACAACAUCAGAUCCACGCACAACACACUCACCACCAGCACCAUCAGCACCAACAUCCGCAGCACCAGCCAAACCAGCAACACCAUCAGCAGCAGCACCACCAUCACCAACAGCAGCACAUGGCCUGCAAUAUCGGCAUUCCUUCUGAUUGGUGCAUGAAUCUGGACACUCUGAAGGAGAGUUUCCGUAUUGCUAGCAGUUUCAACUGGUCUGAUGUGGAUCUCUCCCAGUUUCAAGGUCUGAUGGAGAGUAUGAAACAGGCGGAUCUCAAUAACUGGUCACUCGAUCCUGUUCAGUUUGCGGACUUGUGCUCUUCCCUAAACCAGUUCUUCACACAAACUGGUCUGAUCCAGUCACAAGGGAACAUGCAGCCCUCGGUUUGUCACAGCACAAUGCAUUCGCAGAAACCAAACCAGCACAUCAGUACAGGAAGCUUGUACAUUGACUCCAGACAAAACCUUCCUGCUUCAAUGAUGGGACCCCCUGGGUACCCCCAUCUCCCACCUCUCAGUACCCCAGGACCAGCCAUGACAGCAGGGCACCAUGCAGGAAUGAACCAGCAGCACAUGAUGUCACCUUCCAGCUUCCAAAUGCACAGACCGAUGUCUCAACAUCACAACCCUGCAGAUGACAUCCAGGAUGACUUUGACUGGGAUUCCAUUGUUUAACUCUUCUUCCUAAGGACAAGUCUGUCAGAAGCUCUUCCUGUCAGUGUGACUCAGAUGUUCUUUUAGCUUCUUGCUUACUUGUGUUGGCCGAUGCUGGCCACAAUCGCUGGACUGCUGCCUGGACACAGCCCCACCGUGACUGUGCUAGAGAGCUGUACUUUUAGGGGGAGGGGGGAGAAAACACGCCUUCUGCUUGCAGUCACUACAGAAAUGUGGAAUUACCUGUCGGCCGCUCAGCAGUGGCACAAUGGUAACAAGCAAUGAAGCAUUUUCUAAUUCUGAACAUAAUUUUCUUUUGCUUUUGUUUUUUUUAAAACCGAAAGGACAUGUUGAGGGUUGGUAUCUGAGCAAUGCUCAUCUAAGUGAUGUAGUUUAGCUACGAUCUGAGAUUGCGUAGGAUGGUACUAUUUAGUGCAGUUUUUCUCUCCUGUGCGUGACUUCAUUUGGGGGAGCGUUCCAGUAAGAGGGAACAAACAUGGAUAGGGGUCAAGGAAGCUGGCUUCUAGAUGGCCUUUCCCUGGAGUAGGCCAAGAAUGCAGUCGUGAGCUGGGAGAGGCAUCUUUUACAAAAUGAGUUUCUUUUGAGACAAUUUAGUCUAUAUAUGGUGCUGCAAAAAAAAACUCAUUUUUUUUUGUUGAAAAUCCAGUUGCUGUACCAGGAUUAGUAUUGGAAUCAAUACUAGAGUACCUGGGGGAGAAUUUUCUACCGCUCCAAAGAUUGCGUUGCUACAGCUUAACUUUGGAUCCCCAGCCUUUGUGCACACAACACCAGCUUCCAAAUCUGAACUGUAGGGAUUCUUCCCAGAAAUUCUGCCUCGAUGCCUGUUAAUAAAGCUACUACAUCUCAAGAAGAUAGCACUAUAUUUGGGGUGUGCAGGUAUCAAGUACAAAGUGCUGACAUGGUAUUGGUUAGUACCCCUGAGGUAAAUGUAUUUUGGGGAUGAGAAAAGAAGCCUGUCUCUCUCAUUGAGUGGUAGUGACUGUAAUCAAGAGAAAUCUCCCAGGAUAAACAUUUAGCAAAUUCUGGUGAGUUUCAUAGUCUCCAAUUGUCUCACAUGCCAUAAUGCAAAGCAAUGGAAUAUGGAUUGCAAAAUUUGCAAGUAGUUCGAUCUUAUGAAAUAUUGACCAUUGCCUUUUGCUUAACCAAACGUUAUGUGAUCAUAGUAGGAGCUAAUCUGGUUAUUGCCUUUCUCUCUCCUUUUGGCCAUUGUGGAAAAGGCUGCAAUGCAGCAUUUCCUUUUUGUGAAGUGCUGCAGGGGAAGCAUGUUAACCAAUGCUGCAUUUGUCAGCUAUGCAUGUUUAGUGGUGGAUAAAUGAGAGUUUCAUUAUAGAAAUCCCAGUCUGCUUUUAAUACCUGUGUUGCAUCUUUUUUGAUUUUGUUUUUAAGUAAUUGACAAGGAUGGGUUUUUUAAAUAUGCACUUUCUGGAGCAGUGCCUACUUGAUUAUUCCCCCUUUUUUAAAACAAAUCAAUUCGCUCCUUCCGUUGUGCUUUCAGAUUGCUGUACUGAUGUGUGAAUGCACAACCUUUUUCAGUGUUUACAAUUUAAAUUGUGAUUCAAGUCAAACCCCUGCUUGUAAUACACUGGGGCUCCAAGGCCCCAUUCCUGAGUCAUUUGAUGGAUCUUUCCUAGCAGAGCUUCUGCUUUUACUGAUGCACAGUGUCCUCUUUCAGCUUCUCUUUCAAAUCCAGUUGCCUCAUUUGCAUAUGGGACUCGAGUUAAAUAAUUGGUUCAGUGUGUUUUUAUGCUGUUAUAUUUUGUGUGCAUUCUGAUUUAGGAUUUGAUGGUGUCAAAAUACAUAAGCUCAGUACAUUUCCAAUUGGCUUCUGUCACCAAAAGCUUCGGGGAUACACUAGUUGCAAUCUAGUAACAGAAAUCUUAUGCUAAAAAUUUGAUUUACUCAAUCUCUAUGUAUCUAAGAAGAUGGAGAACUUCUGCAAUUCACAAAUAACUUGUGCAGUAAGACCACUAAGCUAGGCCACUAAGACUUGCAUUUUUGUUUUGCUCUAAGUCAAGAUAUCAAACUGCACAUCCUCUGAUAUAUAUGAUGGAACAUGAGCCAUGAAUGCUUCCUUCAAUCUUUAGAAGAGCUAUGACUCCAUAGAAACCAUGGUGGAACAAUUCAAUUCAUAGCAUUUAAAAGCAUAUUCCAAGCUUACAAUGGUAAUGAAUUCUGAACAGAGACAAAUUUUACAGCUGUGGCCUAAAAAAGGGAUUUACAUGCAAAUUGUCUUGUCAGCUGAACCAUCCCACUCAGCAAAAUAAACCAUGCAAUUGUUUGUGCUGCUUGAGUGAGUUGCCAGGGUACUGAUUUUUUUUUUGUCUGUGCUUUCUUGCUAUUUCUAAACUCCUGUCUUAUUCCAUUUCCUAAACUCCUCCUUUGUAAUGGUUUAAAUGCUCUUUGCAUUUCUCUUCCUUGAAAACAAUCUGUGGGUUUUGUUUGUUGUACAGGGCAGUUCUGUAAGUGUUCCUUAACUCUUGCUUCAGCUCUACUGGUUUUCGCCUGCUGCUUUUCCUCUUCAAUAUUUGCUCCUGUACCAGUGACAUGAAAGGAACAUUACUGUGCAGCUCAAAAGAUUAGGUAUGAGAUUUUUAUUUGGUUAACAUAAACAAGAGGGUUAACCAAUCAGCUGUCACUCAAUAAAAUAUCCAUACAUUUUAAAUUCAGUGAGGGUUUUAACUCUACCAUAUGCCAGCUGACCAAUAGUUUGCAGUCUCUUGACUUAUACCUUGUAUAGGUCAACAAUAUGCCUUCUAUAUAAUUAGAGGGAUCAGUUGUGAUCGCUUAAAAGCUUAACUCCUCCCCAUUUGACUACAGAAUUAGCAGUAAUAGGAAGGCAAACUAGAAUGCUAGAAAUGCACAGCAAAUUCAUCAGAAUCUAAAAGAAAAAUAAGUUCAUGUUCCAAUUGUGAUCUUUUAUCAGAUUCCUGAUGAAACUUCUCUUUCUAAAACUGAUCUCACUCUGAUGGAUGAUCUGCUUGACCAGUCUUUGUUUCAUAUGCUGACCCUUCACAGUGUAGUUAAGAUAUCAUUGCUUUUUACUUAAUUCCUACACUAAUACUUGAUUAACUAAACCAAGUAGUUUGAUUAUUAAACACAUCGUGAAAAUUACAUUUCCUUGAGCUCAUGCAGCGUCAUGGGUGAAUUGGUUUAUCCUUAGUUGUGUCUUGAACUGCUUCUGAAAGUGCUGUUUAAUAUAAGUAUAUUUCCAUUGCUACAGAAGCCCACUAGUACCUUAUCCAAUUGGGCACCACCUCUGAAUCAAGACAGAAAGCUGGCAGGCUACAUUCUGUUGAGGGCCAUCACAGCUGACUGAUAAUUCCCCUCUCAACAUCUCCCCACUGCACGCAUACAUGCACUUUGCUACAGAGGUUACUGGAUAAUGAUCAGGUGCAGAAAUCUGAUUUUUCUUUUCCUAGCCUCGGGACAAAGAGCAGUUGUAGCAUCUCGAUUGCUCCCCCAGAAAGAUCAGCUUAGACUUUCAUGGGGCAGGGAGGUGCAGGAAUAGUGUUAAACUGAGCCAUUUUUCAAGUACAACUGCAACACAGUAUCCAAAAAAUAGCAUUUGAGCCCCAAAUGGAUUUGUGCUUGUAUUUUAGUUCCUUGGGAAGGUUACGGAGAUUUCAGUGAAGGGUUAAAACAGAGUAUAAGAUGAUACUGCUAGAGUAAACUGUGUAGAUUCCACUGUAGUAUGGUAAGAUAAU